AUGCAUUUCUCUAUUGGCCUCCGCACCGCCGCAUUGCUUGCUGCGCUUCCCGCCAGUCUUGCCGCACAAUAUCAUCUGAGCGUCUCAUACGACUCGGUGUACGACAAUUACGAUUCAUCCGUUAAUACCGUCGCUUGCUCCUCGAAGCUCCGGUCAAUGGGUUUCGACACGUUGGGUUCCAUCCCCACAUUUCCAAACAUAGGCGGCGCCAUGCUUGUCUCCAAAUCCGGUUCCGAUAACUGUGGAACUUGUUGGAAGCUGGAGUACAACAAUCGCACCGUCGCUGUCCUCGUUAUCGACUCUACGGACGACGGUUUCAAUAUCUCGAAGGAUGCGUAUAUUAAACUCGAUUCGAUGUCCACAGGCAGAUUGGAAGCGAGUGCGACCGAGGUCAGCGUUUCGGACUGCGGUCUAUGA